UGAACCUUGUGUGAGUUUUGUGUUGCUGUUUUAUGUAGUUGUGUACCCUGUGUCAGUUUCAUUUAUUUUGCGAGGUGGUGAUUGUUACAUUUCUUUUUCAAUGGCUUGCGGGUAACUGGAUGAAAAGAACAUUUUGAGCAUUUGAGUUUAAUACUAAAUUGAGCUCAACACCUUUACUGAGGAAGGUGAGUUACGAGCUUGAAUAAGUGUUCUAUUAAAUUUCAAGCAGGAAAUGACUUCCCAGAACAGUGGGCAAAUGCACCGUUUUAGUUGUGAAUUAAUGUUGGAUCAAUUUUACUAACCUCUAAAAGAUUAAGCAUUAAGGGAAUGCAUUUACUGUGUUACAUCAGAUUACUGUAACACCAAAACGGCAUGGCUUGCUAAAUGUGUGACUUGUUCAGAGCAAAUAUUCAACGCCUACUGUAUUAACAGGGUUUUUCCUGGCUCAGAGUGGGCCUGUGGGUAGAGUACACACCACAGCAAGAACCAUUAGUGUGUACAGUAAAGGCCAUGUUGACAGAAAUCUAUGCAUUUUCUUUUUAUUUUUGACCAUUUGAUGAACAAAUACAUUUGUGGUAUAAUAAAAGAAACAAAACCAUUCACAUGAAACCAAAAAAACAACUCCCCUACACAGGAAAAACCCUGAUUAACCAUUUUACUUGCAUGAGCUUGUCAGUGUUUCUCACUGAUCCGUUGGUGUCAGUUUAUUUAGUUGUUGCAUUUCACAUCACACCCUUCUUUCUGUGAAUGCGCUCAUACCACUCUGUUCAGAUUAGAAUUUUGGAAUGCUUUUAAAGUUUAUGAAGAAUUUAAAGUCGGCUGUACACAAAAGAAAGUAUCCAGUACAUUUACCUUGCUGUGGUAGGACUCAUACAAUGUAGGGCUGCGCGAUUAUGGUCAACAAUAAUCACGAUGAUUUUAACCAAAACUAAGAUCACGAUUAUUUAUCAGAAUUGUUCAUUAAUUUUUACACUUUCACAUUAAAUAAAUGGUGCGCUGAUGUCACUUCUGUGCUGUGCUGCAUUCCUGCUAACACACAAAUCUGCAUCAAAAUAACACUUAAGAUUGGUUCUAAUUCACCUGAAUACAAUCCAUGAAUAUAACCAAAAUUAUAACUUAAACACCUCACAUGGUGAACAUCUGCUCUUUGGUAGAUGCCACUAUUUACUGAUGUUCCCUAAACACCUCACAUGCAGGCAGCAGUGGAAGCUAUUAAGGCACAGAGAAGCCUCUAGUCUCCACUUAGUUACUGCAGUGCAGCAAAACGGAUUGUAUAUACCAGCUGUUUUAAAUACCAAUAUCUCAGCGAAUCAUGUUGGUUUAAUUCUGGGCGCCAGUAUCGUGAUUGAUAUUCAAAUAAUGGUGCAGCCCUGUAUAAGGUUUACUGUGAAUGACUUGGUUGAUGAAUCAGAUUCUUGACAAAGCACAAAUAAUUGAUUCCAUUCAUCUGCUAGGGCUUUCUUCCAACUUCCUGCAUGCUGCUUGUGUUUCCUUGGGACUGAUUUGUAGACUCUGUUUUGUUGUGCAUUGUGAUAAAUAGAGCUCCUAAAUCAAAGCAAAAGUUAUUGUCUGUGAUUUAUUUGCAGUGUGGAGUCUACAAGAUCAACCCCUUUGUGUCUGUAAUCUUUGUGUGUCUCUUUAACUAAUCCAAAAGCCUGUACCUGUUUAUUCUCUCUUUUUUUCUUUGCCACGGCUCAAAGACGAUGUCUAAGAAGAUCCCGCAAUGCGCUGUGGAGGAUCAGUCCGAGCAUGAACAGCCUCCCAGCCAUUGUCAGGUGGAUCGUUUCACGAAAGCAGCAGCAGGUUGUAGGAACAAGGCUGAACCAGGCCAGAGGAAUGGAGAGACGGCAUCGUCGUCACCAGAGAGUGGCAGUUUGAAUGGAGAUGGAAAGCGCAGUGGGAAAAGCCGUCGUCGCAAGAAACGCUCAUCUAAUCCUGAGAAUCCCUCGGAGGAGAAAAUCAACAAGGUCAAGAAUGAAGAGAAGCCAGAGAAACGAACCAGCCAGCCUCCUGACCGCCGUGCUGGGCUGAUCGGUCUGCAGUCUGAAUGUGCUAAUGUGUGGUUUGAACGCAGCAUCUAUGAGCGAGCUGAGAGCCUCUACCAGUGUCGGUUGGCGAGCUCCUCUAACGGGACCACCCAAUCGAAACGGUCCCCUCCAUCCUCAGGGAAACACUCCAGCUCUCCAUCUGCCGUGGCCUCCUCUUCUGCAGGACCGUCCUGCCACCAUGGUGAUCAGGUAGCUUGUCACCACGUGGUACAGACAGUGUGGGUAAACAAGACAACCUUUGAUCAAGCAGAGCGCCGCUUUGUCGAAGAAUCCAUGCAGCCGUCAAUUCCAAACUCCCUGAACCUCCCACCUCCACCCAACCGCUCCGUGGCACCCAGAACACCAGACGAAGGAUAUCAGUCUCUAGCUCCAACUCCUGCAACUCCAGUCAUCCAACAAGCGGCUGUCACACCCACCACUCGCCAGUCGAUCAACGGACUGCCCCGCAUCCCAGUCGAGCUGCUCAGAGAUGUGUGGCUAGACAAGCCGCUGUAUGACCGUGCCGAGGCAGCCUUUUACCAAAACCUGUACGGUAAUAAUUCCUCCAAACGGUCUAGCUGCACCGGCACCUCCAGAAGCAAUGACCACCCUCAAAGCCUUGUGGAGGAAGAAGAGGAGGAAGAAGAUGAGGAAGUGGCGGUGGAGGAAAAACGGGUGGUCCCACAAGGGAAAGCAGAAGUUUUCCAUGCUCUGCACCCUAUCCAGGAGGAGGACGAACCAGCUGAGGUCCCUGAGAAGGAAGAAGCGUCGGCCGCAGGAGUCUGCUAUUUUCUUCACCCAGGCAGCGAGCGGGUGUGGUUGGACAAGUGGCGAUAUGAUGCUGCAGAGAGUCGCUUCCAUGGCUACAGAGUGGAUAAAGCCGUAAAAGUGAGGAAGGAUCGUAGGCCAGAAGCAGGAGCCUCAUCCGUUGCCUUCAUCGCCCCACUGAGGGACAAAAAAAUGAGUACCGUAAACUUUCUGGCCCAGGAGAAGAUCUGGUUUGACAAACCUCGAUAUGACGAGGCAGAAAGAUGCUUCUAUGAGCGCAUGAACGGCUCAUCACAAACCACACAGGAUGUUGGAGCUAACACCAUCCUGCAAGACAUCGCUCGUGCUCGGGAAAACAUCCAGAAAUCUCUAGCAGGACUGAAGACUACACUGAGUAACAGAGGGUCUAAUCAGCCUUCCCUGAGCCAACAGUCCCAGCUUAGCACCAGCAGCAGCAGUGCAGCAGAUCAAGGAGAGCUCAUUUCUCGCAUCAAGAGCCUGGAGCUGGAGAACCAGAGCUUACACAAAGUGGUGGAUGACUUGAGGGCAGCACUUUCCAAACUGGAAUGUCGGGUUACAGUUCUUGAGAAGUCUCCUGCAGCUGCGAACCCAGCUCCAGCUGCUGCUCCUUCAGUCCCCUACACAAAUGGCACUACUGUCCAGCAGAAGACCAGCGCCCCAGUAAAAGAGGAGGACGAUGACGAGGAUGAUGAUGAUAUCGAUCUGUUUGGCAGCGAUGAUGACGAAGAGGCAGAGAAACUCAAAGAGCAAAGAUUGAAAGAAUAUGCAGAGAAGAAAGCCAAGAAACCCACCCUCAUCGCCAAGUCUUCAAUCUUGUUGGAUGUCAAACCUUGGGAUGAUGAAACAGACAUGGCGAAGCUGGAGGAGUGUGUGCGCUCAGUGCAGGCUGACGGCCUGUUAUGGGGAACGUCCAAACUGGUUCCAGUGGGUUACGGCAUCAAGAAACUCCAGAUUGCAUGUGUGGUGGAGGACGACAAGGUGGGAACAGACAUGUUGGAGGAGGAGAUCACCAAGUUUGAAGACUAUGUUCAGAGUGUUGAUGUAGCAGCAUUCAACAAGAUCUGAUCUCAGUAUGUCUUUUUCUGUCCUUCGUCAUGAUUUGUUUCUCUGCUGAUUGUGUCAACAGUUAAUAAUAAUAAAAACAAACUCUUGCACUGAAA